GUUUAUUAUUUUCGGUCAAUCGUUCACUGGUUAUUAACAUACGUCAUACUUAUUACGUCUUUUCGCGUUAUAUUAAUAUUUUGUGUCUUUGCAUCAGACGUUUUUGUAUUUUAAUAUUGAUAUAUAUUUAGUAAAAACAAAUCGUAAAUAUCAACGAAAAUAAACAAUGGAGACUGCACAAAGAUCAGAACAGCAUGAUGAAUGGAAAAAUAGAUCUUUUUUGGGACCAUUACCACAAAGUUUUUUACGACUAGAAGACACAUUGAAUCCUCAGCAUCAACAAGAAGCCGCUGAUAGACAAGCUGCAUUAGCUUUGCAACAAUUACAAGGCGGUGUUGUACCAACAAUGGAUCCAAGAGUUGGAAGACUUAGUAUUACUAUCGUACAGGCGAAAUUAGUCAAAAAUUAUGGAAUGACAAGAAUGGAUCCUUAUGUACGUUUAAGAGUUGGCCAUUCAAUUUACGAAACCCAAACUGCGUCUAACGGAGGAAAAAAUCCACAUUGGAAUAAAGUUAUACAAUGUUGGAUACCUCCUGGAGUAAAUCAAAUUUACGUUGAAAUUUAUGACGAGUGCUCGUUUACAAUGGACGAAUUAAUUGCCUGGGGACAUAUUGAAAUACCUGCAUCUGUGUUACAACGUGGAGAGACACACGAAGAUUGGUAUAUGUUAAGCGGUAAACAAGGUGAUAAUCAAGAGGGCAUGAUUAAUCUUGUCUUCAGCUAUUCGAAUAAAGCAGGUCCUUAUAUAAAUGGACCUCCAGUAGUUAUGGUACCAUCAGCAACGUCUAAUUUAAUGUUUGGAAUGCCUGGAUACGCUCCAGUUAAUGUUUAUACUGCACCACCAGCUGCUCCUGUUGCACCUAUUCCAAGUUCAUUACCACAAGCUGAAGAAGAACUUAAACAGAUUGCCGAAAUGUUUCCAAAUAUGGACAAAGAAGUAAUAAAAUCAUUCUACGACGCCAACAAUGGAAAAAAAGACGUAAUUAUUAACUCAUUGCUACAAAUGACAGAGUAAUUUUAAUUAUCAUUUCAUAUCGGCCAAAAAAAAAAUAUAUUUAUACUUAAUUAAAUUAAAUUAAAUUAAUAUUUGUUUUUCCGCAAAAUAAAUAUUCAAUGCCAUUGUUUUAUUAAUAAUAUAAUUAUAUAAUUAUAUACGUAAAAAUGAGAUGUAAUAUAUUAUGAUUAUGUAUGUGUAAAUUACUCUGUAAUAUCUUUUCACCAAGUAUUAUAG